AUGAAUACAACCAGAGACCGUGAUUGUGUCACUGCCCAACUGAUCGAAGAUCUUCAUGACUACGUUUCCUUUCAUCGGUGAGUCUUUCCCAGUUCGAUCGUUUAUUUUUCAGAAGGGGUUUCAGAAUGAACGUCUUCUUCGGCGCCAUUUGUUUUUCCCUUAAUAUCGUUUUGUUCUCCGUAUUUCUAUCCUCACCAACUCUCCGGAAAAAGCACAGAAACAGAGUGAGAUCACUCCCAAUUCGCUUUCCGUUUCAGUCAUUCCAUUCAGAUUCUGAUGAUCCUUGGUCUCGCCGACACUUUCAACACUCUCGCAAUUCUGUUUAUGGGCAAGAACCGUGUGGAACUGUACACCGAGAUCAUCCAAACCCACCAUCUUCCGAUCCGCACCGCGUGGCAAUGCGCUCUCGAGCCGUGGCUCAUUCUGCGAGGAAUUGGUGAGAGUGAAUGGCUGUACACCCCAUAACAUUUCACUCCCAGGAGACAUCUGGCCACCUGUGGUCCAAAUGGUUAUUGGAAUCCAAAGAGCUCUCGCGGUGUUUGCUCCCAUUUGGUUUCACAAGAACGGCAGAAAUCGGUAUGAGAACCAAGACACGAGAAACUAAAGAAGGAAACAAUUUCAGCUCGAGUUUCCUUUUUGGCUCCACACUUGUCAUUCUGCUGCCGACCCUCCUAGUUGGUUUAUUGUUGCGUACCUGAAGAAGGAUGUCAAGGUAGAAUAGACGUUAACUGAAACCAUCUGGAAAUCAAAAUCCUGCUUGUAGGUUUUGUACUAUUGCGGUCGGAAAGCAGCCUUCGGAAAAGACUACGCCACGUUCAUCUACAUCAUGAACAUCUUCGGAUAUCUGUUCAGUUUCCUCAUCAACUGUAUCACAAUGAUCAAGGCUUCUUCGACAAUCAACAAGUGAGGAGUCCACCUCUUCCUCACAAUCCUUUCCCGUUUUCAGACUCGUCCGCCGGCAGAUCAUCAACGUCCGCUACAGUCUUGUCAUCUCGUUCAUCUCAUUCGUUCUCGUCUUCAUCCCCAAUGCCAUUUCCAUUCUUUCCGUGCACUUCGAAGAUGUUCGUUUCUUCCUUUUUCGUCUUCUACCCCCAGAAGAUCCAUCUCAAUAAUUCUUAAGGUUGUCAGUUUCAUCCUCAAACCGUCCACCUACUUCACUUGCGUCAACUCCGGCAUCAACAUCUUCGUCUACUUGUCGCUGAAUGCCGAGUUCCGGCACCAGUUCAAGUAUCUUUUCUGCAACAAGAAGCGGGUUGUCACGUAUGGAGAAGCGGAGAAAGCAUCGAAGACACGUCAUCACCAGGUCGACCUCGUUGUUCAUUCCGUUCAUUCUUUAGCUUAA